AUGCCCGAGAUUAUCGAACCUCCUCAAUGGAGUGCUCCCGCCGACUAUCAGUCAAGGAACGUUGUCCUACUUGCUGGUGCUCUGCAGNGCUACAACGUUGUCAUCCGCGACACAAACCAAUCCCAGUGUGAUGAUGCUCUACAAUACAUCAAGGAGAACUUAACCGCCUUUGCAACCAGAGCCAUCACUGGCAGAUCCCCUGGCACCGCAUUCGCAACACUUGAUCUCGAGGCAGCCGUCCAGAAUGCGUGGAUCAUCAUUGAAUGCGUGCCCGAAGUCCUCGACCUCAAGAUCAACGUCUUUGCCGAGCUCGAGAACCUGGCACCCCAAGACUGCAUUCUAGCCUCCAACUCCUCGUCCUACAAGUCUAGUGCCAUGCUCGCCAAAAUCGAGAAGCAAAGCACAAAAACGAGGAUUUGCAAUAUGCACUACAUGAUGCCUCCUACAAAUCUUGUUGUCGAGAUCAUGACUGAUGGAGUGACAUACCCAGAUUUGAUGCAGUGGCUGGCAGAGAGGACAAAGGAAGCUGGCUUGUCCCCCUAUGUUGCCGUCAAGGAAUCUACGGGCUUCAUCUUUAACCGUAUAUGGGCUGCCAUCAAACGCGAGUGUUUGAUGGUCAUAGCCGAGGGUGUUUCGACCCCUGAACAGAUCGACAAGGUGUGGAUUGAGAUGCUGGGUGCCAAGUUUGGUCCUUGCAAGUCUAUGGAUAGUAAGUNNGUUGGACUUAACACGGUGGCUCUGAUCGAGAAACACUAUAUCGAAGAGCGAGGUCUGGACUCAUCAUUUACUGUCGACUUUCUGCAAAAGAACUAUCUCGACCACGGAAAACUUGGUCUCAAGAGCGACAAAGGAGGUCUAUAUGGCCCGAAAGCAUCUACACCACAAUCUGCUCCAGCUUCCUCUCCACCACAAAAGAAGUUGGUCGUCCUCGACACAGGGCUAGGGCAACCGCUGACCAACAAAACACCAGCUCAAAUCCUUUCUUCCGGACGCUUGUUGGAAGUGUCUCUAGACGGCAAGACCCAGAGUGUCCUCAGAGAGGGGCUCAAUAUACCAGACGGUGUGGAAGCGCAUGAUGGAAAACUCUACUACACAAACAUGGGCAUGCCCAGUCUAAACGAUGGCAGUAUAUGUUGUGUCAACCUCGACGGCACUGGCACCACUACCAUCAUCCCUCCCGGCAAGAUCUACACCCCGAAGCAGCUUUCCAUCGACCACACCGCUAAGAAACUCUACAUCGCCGAUCGCGAAGGCUGUGGUAUCUGGCGCUGCAACACCGACGGCAGUAAUCUGGAACUCCUCAUCGACAAUGCAAACAGAGAAUCUCACAAGCACGAUGCCCCUCCCGGCGACAUCAUGGACCAAUGCAUCGGCGUCACCAUCGCGCCUUCCCUAAACAAAUUCUUCUGGACGCAAAAAGGUACUGCGAAGGGCAACCACGGUCGUAUCUUCAGCGCCCCUAUCGAGAUUCCCGAGAACACUACAGCAUCCGCUCGCACAGACAUCUCCGUCCUCGCCAACAACCUCCCUGAACCCAUUGAUCUCCAAUACAUCGUAGAUACAAAUACGCUUUACUGGACGGACAGAGGUGAAGUACCUUUCGGAAACUGCCUCUACAAAGCCGCCUUGACGGACCAAGGAGCUUUGGCCGAAAAGCCUCAGAUCCUCGCUCAAAACUUCAACGAGGCAAUUGGGAUCAAGGUGGAUGUUGACGCUGGCUGUAUCUAUGUUUCGGAUCUGGGAGGCGCGGUGUGGCGGGUUCAGGGCGACGGAAGUGGGAAGAAAGAGAGGAUUUUGGAUGAGCAGACGUCGUGUUUUACGGGUUUGGCGCUUGUAUAG